ACUAUCAGUACUAAAAAUGACGCCGCUUUCAAUCGGAAUAGCACUUCUGUGCGUGGUCGCUUUUGCGCUUGUCAAAUAUAUCUUCAGCUACUGGAAUCGUCGGGGAGUCCAGCAGCUGACUCCGUACUUCCCAUUCGGCAACUAUGCAGAUCUCUUCCUGGGAAAGAAUUCGUUUUCCAACAUCUGCGAGAAACUGUACGAACGUAACAAACAAUUCCGUCUGCUCGGAACGUACUUCCUGCUACGGCCGGUGCUGUUGGUGAACGAUCCUCAGCUGGCAAAAAACAUCAUGGUGCGUGACUUUCAGCACUUCCACGACCGUGGUUUGUAUGUGGACGAAGUGAACGAUCCCCUGAGUGGUAAUCUCUUCUCCCUGGCUGGCGAUAAAUGGAGACACCUACGAACAAAACUCACCCCGACAUUCACCAGCGGUCGGCUGAAGGGCAUGUUCCAGACGUUGGUCGACAAGGGUGUGGUUCUGCAAGAUUACAUGGAGAAAUGUGCACAGGGUAAAGAAGUUGUGGAACUCCGAGAAAUUCUGGCUUGCUACAAUACGGACAACAUUGCAUCGGUCGCCUUCGGCAUUGAGAUCGAUUCGAUCAACAACCCCAACGAACCGUUCCGUCAUAUUGGUCGCAAGGUUUUCGAAUCAAAUUUUCUGAAUAACAUGCGCACUAUGAUAACGUUUAUGGCACCGAAGGUCAACAGAUUUUUCAAGAUCAAGAGCGUGAUCGACGAGGUAGAGCGAUUUGUACUUGGUAUGGUUCGUGAAACGCUUGAAUAUCGCGAGAAAAGCGGCGUUGUUCGAAAAGACAUGAUGCAGUUACUGUUGCAGCUGCGUAACGGUGGAUCCGUUUCCGGCGAUGAACGCUGGGAUGUAGAAAAGCUGGCAAAGUUCAAGAAUCUCUCAGUCGAAGAAGCUGCUGCACAAGCCCACAUAUUCUUCCUGGCCGGAUUUGAAACGUCAUCAUCUACCAUGUCUUUCUGCCUGUACGAAAUUGCCAAAAACAAGGAAAUUCAACAAAAAGUGCAAAGCGAAAUCGACUCCGUUCUCGCUCGCAACAAUGGAGAGCUGUCGUACGACAACAUCCACGAGAUGCGCUACCUUGAAUGCUGCAUUGAUGAAACCCUCCGCAAAUACCCUCCGCUUCCGAUUCUGAACCGUGAAUGUACCCAAGACUACAAAGUUCCCGAUUCCGAUAUCACAAUAAAGAAGGGAACAGCCGUCGUACUUCAAAUUAUGGGAAUGCAACACGAUCCGCAGUACUAUCCCGACCCAAUGCGCUUCGAUCCGGAUCGAUUCCUCGAUCCAGACAUAAAGAGCAAACCGUAUGCACCCUUCGGCGAUGGACCAAGAAUUUGCAUUGGAAUGCGAAUGGGGAAAGUACAGACCAAGGUAGGACUAUCGUUGCUAUUGUCCAAGUUAAACUUUGAGCUGGUUGAUGGUGAGAAUUCGGAGCUCGUCAUGGGUGCAAACAAUUUGUUCAGUACGCCAAAGGACGGCAUUAAUUUGAGGGUUAGUUGUCGCUAGUGGUGUAUAGUGUCAACUGUGAUUUGCGGCGUUUAUUUUUACUCGAACGGAAAUAUGCUAGUGGCAUUAAUUGUUGUAAAAUAACGCAAUAGUUGAUUUUAUCUUUUAAAGACUUUGAAAAUGCCAAAAAAUGCUUUUAUCUCAGAAUGGGUUCAACCGAUUCAGUUUUAGCCACUUAUUACGUUUAAGUACUUAUUAUGAACUCAAUAGAAGUGCUUUGUCAUUAAAACAAACAAGUCAAGUCUUUCAUUUAAAAUAGUUUAUGUUAAUCGAAGAAUAAACACAUUAUUUGUAAAUAAACAAAUAGUUUUGAAAGAUAUUUUAA